CUUUUUUAAGCCGAAUGACGGAGCAUGGCACGAAUACGUGGUGGCAUUCGCCCUUUUCUUCGCUGAUCUCAUCUCUCCUGCCGUCGGACGAUGCAUCUCUGCCGCUUGGCCCUGCGGCACAUGAGGCGGACCUCGACAGCGCCUCCACUCGAGAUACGGGGCGUUCCGCUGACCACGAUCCGCCAACAGUGAUCCAUGAUGCGCCUGAAAGAGAUCUUUUCAGAGAUCUGUGAGUGGCACAGACAGGACCAGACUCAUCCAGAGGUGUGUUUGUAUGUCCGGCAGGUCUUUCGUCUCGUGUCUGUCGUAUAGGAGUCUUUCGGGUGAUGAAGGCGAUGAAGGCGAUGGAUACUGGGACAUCGACGACUUCAUCUCGGUGUGCAGCGAAGGCGCCGCUCUCCAGAUGCCGUCCGUCUGUCCAGCAAGGCAAGAACCACAUCGCCUGUUCCCCUCUCCUGCUGGCGGGGAACGAACACGAGAGAGGCCCUGUGGCGAUGCUGGGUCGUCCGACGCAGCCAGGAGCUCGUUCAAGAUCCCCGCCAUUGCUAUCGACACGAGUGACAGCUGCCUGGCUCUCCCGCCGGCCGAGCACGAUGGAUACGAGUCGCCUCUGUCGAGCGUCACUGUGCAGUCCGGUCAGUCAGCGAGAAGAAGAAAUUGAAGAAGACACGCUAAUGGACACAUAUUGUCGGUGUCGUCGUCACAUGUCUGUGUCUGUUGCAAUAUGCAGCUCUUCCGCCCUUGGCUGCUUCCCCGUCUUCGCCUGCUGCUGUGCCCCUUCAGCCACGGGUCAAGAAGAUGCAGCCGCGAAGGAAGAGCGAGAGGCAGGUAAGUAACGCUCACACGUACAUGUCCAAUGGAUUCACACAUGUCGAGUUGGUGUGUUGGUUCGUUUCGUCAGUCUUAUCGCGCCCAGAAUAUUAAUGGCUGUCGGCCGCCGAAGCACCCAGCAGGUGCGUGACGGAAGUGAUGCGUAGACACACACAUACGCAUCACACGCACAUGUGCUGCCUGCCUGCCUGUCUGGAUGAGUGCAUUCAGGGCCAGCGCCCGACCCUCUAUUUGUCAUUCGGGGUCAUGUGGCCGACAGGUGGGUCCCUGUGUGCGAGGGUGUAUGUUUCUCUUCGCAACCACGUGUUGAUGGCUUUGUGGUUAUGUGUGUCUGAUGUGUCAGGUAUUUGGAUGCGUGUCGUGUCAAGCAGCGAGCAAUGGGGAUGGAGCUGACCAGCAAACCAUGCUUCCCAAUCGCCAACAUGGUAUGUAUGUAUCUGCGUGUGCAUCGCACAGACAUGCAUGGCCUGCGAGCAUUCUUAUGCCCUGUGUGUCUGUGUGUGUGUCUGUGUCUGUGUGAAUGUGCAGUACACGCCGCGCAUGGUCACGCAUUCAACACACAGGCAGACAGGGAGACAGAGAGACAUGUAGCGAAUGUGUGUGUGUGUGUGUGUGUACUGCAGAGGCCUCUGAUACCACCGACAGAGGAAGCGUCGCCCCCACCGAUUGAGUUGUGUUCAUCAUCGCCAUCCCCUGUAGCAGAUGGAUAUCUGAGUGAAUAAGUGAUGGUGAUGUGAUGAUGAAUGCCCAUCCGUCCAUGUGUAGCUGAGUGUUGGUGUGAGUUCCUUUAUCGACAUGAGCGCGUUCGUGUGUGUAGCGUGUGCUAGUCAGUGGCUAGAUGUGGGUGUGGUGAGCUGUAUGGUGCAUGGGGCGUGUGACUUUAUCCAUCACUCGGUGUUUAUUUGUGGAGCAUCGUGUCGAUCAAUGUCGGUCUGUGUGUCUCUCGCUCUCUCUCUUUGCCGAUAGAUCAGAGGCAGAUGGUGUCUUCUUUGCGCUGCCACUGAGACGCUGCCACAACACACACAAAUAAGCUGAGGUAUCGGUAUCUAUCUCUGUGUAUUCUGGCCAACUGACCAUUCUGCUUUUUGCGAUCAAUCAACCA